UCUGCCUGCGUUUUCGAGUGCGAGCGGCUGUGGAGCGGGCGUCCAUUUUGCUUCGCCAUAUUGAAUUUGGUCGGACAUCUUUGGACGCCAUGUUUAGUCGGACAUAUUUUAUAAACAUUUUCGCGUAAAUUUCAAAUAUUUUUGAGCCUAAAUAGCGAACUUUUUUUCACUGAAAACUGUGGCAUUGAUUGCGUAUAGAAUUGGGUGGAAAAAUUCUGUGCCUACGCAGCAGUCCAAAAGUGUCUCUAGGGGGCCGUGCAGCUUUUGUUACAAGAUAAAUACAGAAGGCGCGGUCCAAGAUGAUGAACCAGGAGAUAAUGUGCGAGGUGGAGAUCGGCACCCACGGGUCUAUGGUGGAGAUCGAUGGGGACGAUCAAGUCGGAGUUAAGUACGAGAUCGAAGCUGGUCAGUACGAAGAGUACAUCACCGAUGAUCAGUAUGAAGAGGUUGAGGAGCAGGUUAUUGGCAUGCAGCAUUUGGAAGAAGUGGGCAGCGAAGAGGUGAUACUGCCAGGCAUCUCUGGCGAAGAGGUGCUACAAGCAACUGUUGAGAACUAUGACGGGCUGUAUCCCACACCACCGUCUACUAGCAGAAGAGGUCGCGGCAGGCCCCGCGCUAAUGCUAACAAUAACACCAACAACAUACAUCAUUUGAUGCCUAUUGGCGAAGUCCCCAUGGGUUUAAUGGAGGGAGUCAACACAGGCCGAGGCGCCACGCGGCGAUGGGAACAGAAGCAGGUGCAGAUCAAAACCAUGGAAGGAGAGUUCUCGGUCACUAUGUGGGCUACGGGGGAAGAUGAUGAUGACGGUUCAAAUCCGGAGCCAGAUCCCGACUACACAGAAUACAUGACCGGCAAGAAAAACAUAUUAGGAAACGAGACAAUGCCAGGUUUAGAUCUAUCGGAUCCAAAGCAACUAGCAGAGUUUGCGCGCCCCGGACACAAAAUUAGGCUAAAGAAACCUAUAGCGGAAACAUCGGACAGGACUAUUGCAGCGUGCCCCCACAAAGGUUGCGGCAAGAUGUUCCGCGACAACUCGGCGAUGCGCAAACAUUUGCACACGCACGGACCGAGGGUACACGUUUGCGCUGAAUGCGGUAAAGCGUUUGUAGAAAGUUCAAAGUUAAAAAGGCAUCAGUUAGUCCACACGGGGGAGAAGCCUUUCCAAUGCACCUUUGAAGGCUGCGGGAAGCGAUUCUCGUUAGACUUUAACCUCAGAACGCACGUAAGAAUCCACACGGGCGACCGCCCCUACGUGUGUCCCUUCGACGGAUGCAACCGGAAGUUCGCGCAAAGCACUAAUCUCAAGUCGCAUAUCCUCACGCACGCCAAGGCUAAGUCAAGAAACUCGCUGUCCCGUAACGGUGGCAACAACUACGAAUCAGCCCGGACCACACCGCAGUACGUUCAGUUAGAAAUGUCCCAAGACGACUCGAACCCUCAAUUGAUCUUCUACACGCACGAAUGAACGUGGACAAUAAACAAAAGACAGCUGGCAAGACUCGAGAGAAGAUUAAGAGACUUAUGGAGCAAUACUUGUGAACGGUGAAUGAUUUGUGUGAAAAUGAUUAAAAUUUUGCUCGUAAUAAAGCGUUGAUCGUUGAAAAUUACAGAAAUAAUCGAUCAAUGAAAAUUUUUGAUCGUAUAUGAAGCCAGAUUCAAUGGUUUGGCUAUCAGUCAAAUCCAAGCAAGUACCCGGGUCAAAAAAUGCAGAAAUAAAUGGAAAGAGUCCGAAGACUGGUUUCACGGAUGAAGAAAUACAUAUAUCACGAAUAGUAACGCUAGUCAAGAUGUGCAAGUGUCUCCUGGGCCACAGUUACUGUCAAUUGUUUUGUAAAGUGAACGUAAAACUUGUAAAUAGUGUUGCGAAGUGAGUUAGUGUUAGAAACGUGUAAAUAUUGUCCAAAAGUUUAAAAAGACUUAUGUACAGUGCAAGGACAGUUGUGUCAAAAGUGAGAAGAAUAAAUAAAUUUUUGCUAUACGUCACUUAUGAGACUGGUUUGUGACGGUGAGGUGAGUUUGUAUCUAGUGAUAUGUUUUCAGUUGUUUGGUUAAAUGAAGUCAAAUUAUUUUGAAAUAUUUUGGCUUUAAAAUGAAAUGUACAGGAAUACCCUGUAUGUAAUGUAAAAAUUCAAAUAAUCCAAAAACAGUCUGGUUUUACAACUCUACAAUUACGUAACGCAAUAGUUUUAAGUUUUCAUCAACUAUUUCUUAACUAAUCGUUAAAAUGUAGCCCCAUUAUUAUU